UCGUUAUGGCCAAAGACGACGUUCCAUCCACGGCCCGUCACCGAGGAGAGCACAAUGCUCCUCAGCCUGUCCAAGCAUCGUCACCUGCCUCCAACUACUCGGCUACCAGCUCCACGCGCCCGCUGAGCUCCUCGCGCGCACAAACGCUGGCACCAGGGUCCUCACUUCAAACACCUCCUGCCACGGCGUCCCCACAGUCGAACGGCCAUGGCCCGGCCUCUCCCAUGGGCGGUGGCCCCAUUGGGUCGUCGUGGUCCGUUCCGCCACGACCGAAGCCAGGACGAAAGCCUGCUACGGAUGAGCCCUUGACGAAGCGCAAGGCCCAGAAUCGAGAGGCUCAGCGAGCCUUUCGAGCCAGAAAAAAGCAGACUCUUGAGAGCAUGGAAAACUCGCUCAAGAGUAAGGCCGAGAUCCAUCAGGAGGAGAUCGCCAAGAAAGACGCCGUCAUCGCAGACCUAAACAAGCAGGUUGAGGUUCAGUGCAGUCACAUCGCAACACUUAACAGGAAAUUUGUCGAGGCGGCCGCCUGGGAGAAAGAAGUUGCCUCCAAGGACCGAGAGAUUGCCUUCUGGAAGGAACGAUUCGAGGCCGAGAGGGCUGCACGAGGUGGGAUGACGCUGAGCGGUCAAAACUCCCCUCCCGAAAAGACGCCUUCUUUGCACCUUGGGACGUCCCAGACAUUCCAAGAUCUGGAUGUUGGAUGUGGCAACUGCAAGGCUGACGGCCGCUGUGAUUGCAUUGAGGCCUUCGCAAAAGACCCAAAUCUCAGUUCACCGACCAAAAUCUCGACAAGCAACUUUAGAGGCCACUCACCUGCCGACUCCCUUUCCCCCGAACAGGAGAUUGACUUCACAGGCCAAUUCAGCCGGCCGAAAUACAACAGCAUGCCGAAGCCGGACGACAGAGGCUCCAUUACCUUUUUGACGGACCAAGACUCUACCUGCGGCUUCUGCACCGACGAGACCAACUGCGCAUGCAAGAUUGAAUCACUACAGCAGUUGUCCAGAUCCGAGAUGCCGCCUCCGUCUCAAUCACAAACGCUGCAGAAUUCUUCAAGUAGCUGCCCGACAGGGCCUGGCUCUUGCGCGGACUGCAUGGCAAAUCCUCGCCAGAAGGCCUGGUGCGAGACAGUGUCUCGAUUGAAGGCGCCCGGUGCGAUUGAUAUCACGUGGUCACGAAGCAGCAGCACAAAGAUGGCACCCAUUCGAUCGAGGAGCCCUAAUUCUCUACCAAAACCUCCUAUGUCUACUCUAGAGCCCUCCAAUCCUACUGUUGGCUGUGACGAGGCAUUCCGAUUGUUCGAUGGUAGGCUCGACAUGGAAAGUGACCGUAUGGAUUGGAUUAAGAACCUCCGGCCAGUCUCUCCCGGUGGAGAAAAAGACACUAUUAUGGAUACCGGCCGGAAAUACAGUGCCGUCGAACUCGAAAGCGCGAGCGUGAUCGCCUCCUUGACACAUACCAUGGGGCCCUUGGUCCCCCGUUCAACGGAUGGCCCCAACGCCGAGCUCGUCGAGAUUGCCGACAAGCGCCGGAAGCUCAUCAACUCGCCUUCGUCCAUGCAAGAUGUGCGAGGCCAAUCUGCUGGCUCUCCUAGCCUUCCGGUCUCGGCCCUCGUCAACGGAGGAGCCCACUCAAUCUCUAGGCAUUGAAUUUGUCUGGCUAUUGCCGAUCCUCUUUUCAGUUAAGAGGAACGAUUCGCCGUCUGGAGACGAUGCGCUACAGUCUUCUUCUCACUGUCUGAAGAGUUCUUGGUGACAGGCUCUUCCCGCGAUGCAAGUCGAACCAUCUGAAAUGCCGAAUAAAGUAAUCUCCCAAACGGAUCUUCAAAACCUUACCGUGGGUCUUCCGUGUCACGGGCGUCGGUCAUUGCAUUGGCGGCCCCGGGCAGUGCGCUGCCAUUAUCAUUACUGUCGGCGUCCAAACGGGAUUGUGUGUGGUGCUUGUGAUUGCAUGCUAUAUAUACUGGUGGCUCUUCUGACGGCUUCUGGGCUUUACUAGAGCCGUGGCGCUUUGGGCGGGAUGCUUGCACCUAGCUAGCUAGGGCAUACCAGCCUAGUUUGGGAUUUUGGGGAUUACGAUGUAUGCUAUGUUUGAGGAGUAAUAGGG